CUCAUAUGCCUCUCCUGUCUUCUCCGGCAGGGACACACACAGCUUCUUCUGAUGAUGAUCCCUGGAGACGGCAAAUGAACUGCAGCGAGUUGAGCUCCGAGAUCACGAGAGUCGUAAGAUUCAGACUUACUGAGCUGUGAUAUACGUGUCCAUCAACAUUUGCGAACCAAAAAGCAAUGACACUUGUCCGAAACCCUAGUAGAUUCACGUCUCUUCUCAAACGUGUCUCACAACAACUCUCUGUAGAAAACCCUAGUAGAUCUUUCGCAGCCACCACGAGCGAGAAAUCCAGCGUGAGGAGGACUCGAAACGGGAUCCGAGUCACUCCCACUAUCAGAAAAAUGGCGGAGGAAGCGAUGUUAGAUUACUUCUACUCCACCAGGAGUUUGCAGUACAUGGUUGCCGAGAGCAUGAGCAAGAACAGUCCCAUCUUCAUCGAGAAUCUACUCAAGAAGGUGAACUGCGUCUCUGCUUCCGACAUCAACCAAUCCAUCACCAAACAUCUCAGGUUUCACCCCGUUAACGAGUUCGAGCCUUUCCUCGAGAGCUCAGGACUCAAGCCGAAUGAGUACACUCAUCUUAUCCCUUCCGGUGAGAUUUUCUUAAACGAGUUGUUGCUUGAGAACCACCACGUUCUGUGUUACUGUGGAGUCGACCCCAAGAAGAUUGGGAAGAUUUUCGAGGAAGCUAGGGAUGUGUUCGGUUACGAGACUGGUGUUUUGGCUUCGAAGAUCAAGGCUUAUGAGGAUUUUGGGUUUAGCAGGUUGUUUCUGUCGAAGCUUAUUGCUUGUUGUCCGAGAAUAUUGUUAGGGGAUACGGAUAUGGAACUGGUUAAAGUCAUGGAGAUGCUGGGGACCAUAGGGGUUGAUUCUGAUUGGGUGAUGAAGAACUUGUCAGAGGAGGUGUCUUACGAUUGGAGCUCUGUGCAUCGUGCUCUCACCUUGCUUAGAGGAAUCUGCAACGAUGAUGAGAAUGAGCUGGAUGUGUUGAUCAAGAACCGUCCGAGGCUCAUCUUUGAGAACUCAGGGAAAUGGACGUUGGUUCUAGCGGGAUUCGAGACCAAGCUCGGGGCAUCUAGAAGAGAACUCUACUCGUUGUUCCAGAGACUCCCUCAGAUGCAGCAAGUGGAGAGAUGCGUUUCGAAUCUAAGAAGGUGCUUUUUGUUCCUGAGAGAGAUCGAGAUGGAUGACGGUGGAAUCCGCGAGGUCUUUCGCUCUCACUCGUGGUGGAUUGGCUCGUGUACGUUGAAGAAAACGAGUAGCUUGCUGGUUAAUUUAAAGGCUUAUAAGACCAGAGUCUGCAAGGUGGUGAGAGAGAAUCCAGAGGAGAUGAUGAAAUGGACGAUGGGGUCGAAAGUGCAACCCUUACCAGCUACAGAAGUGUACUUAGACUCGAAAGCAAUGAAGACUCAGUUCUUGCUGGAUCUCGGAUACGAGGAAGACUCGGAGGAGAUGGAGAGAGCAGGGAAGAGUUUUCGCGGGAGAGGGUCUGAGCUCAGGGAGAGGUUCAACGUCCUUUUGAGUUUUGGUCUAGAUGAGGAAGAUGUUAAAGAGAUGGUGAAAGCGUCUCCUAACGUACUCACACAGGCGAGCGAUGUGCUGGAAACGAAGGUUAAGUACCUCGUGGAGGAGCUUGGUUACCCGCUUUCGACUCUGGUGGCUUUCCCUUCGUGUUUGAAGUUCACUCUUGAGCGGAUGAAGCUGAGGUUUGCCAUGUUUGCUUGGCUUAAAGCUAGAGGCAAAGCGGAUCCUAAGCUUGCGGUUAGUACUCUGCUCGCGUGCUCGGAUAAAGACUUUGCGAGGUAUUUUGUUAGCCGUCAUCCUGAUGGGCCUAAGCAUUUGGAGGAUUUGAAGAAGAAACAGCUUCUUUGAGAUUUGGUUACUAACCAUCAGCAUCUUGUGUUUGAUUAGGCCUUUUUAACAAAGCUUGUAUUAUACGAGUUUUAUUUGACAUUGAUCAUCACUCUUUCAUUUAUUGGAAAAAAUUACUUUUUGUC